AUGCUGGUGUCCAGCUCGUCCACCCCUCCUGCGGCCGGCUCUGCCCUCCCCGUGACCUUCCUCUGGCUGCCCACGCUCCUGGGGGCCACCCCCAGCCCGCCGCCCGCCGCUGACCAGGGCCCGGCCGAGCCCGGCUCCCCCAUCUGGAACCUGCGCGUGGACCCAGCUCAGCGGAGACUCACGUGGGACCUUUGGGACAACAUCACGGAUGUCGUCUGCAUCCGCGGCUCGGGGAACGUCCGCACGGCCACGGCGCGGAGCCACUGCCAGUACCCCUUCCUGCCCAGGUGCCACCCCACCAACUUCACCGUGCGGACCACCCGGGGGCCACGCUUCUCCGCCUCGAUCCUCUACCCGCUGUCUGUACCAGCUACACUGGGAGGACCUGCGGUAGGUGGCCGUGUGGGAGGGAGGGAGGGAGGGAGAGAGGCAGGUGGGCUCCGAGAGAGACUCAGCAUCCAGUGCUCCCCUAGGACGCGGCAGGUGCGGGCAUGCCAGCACUACGGCAGGGACCCGCGGGGCGUGCACGUGUCCUGCGACUUCAGGGGCCUCUUUGGGGCCUCCGGGAACCUGCAGCGGUUCUGGGUCACCGGCAGCAGCGGGCAGGGGCCCAUCCCGUGCGCCGAGAUCCUGCACCGGCUGCCCGAGAUCGAGAGACUGGCGCCCCGCAACGUCAGCAGCACCUGCAACGGGUCCCGCGCGGAGCUGCGCUGGGCCGCGUCCAGCCGCCUGCAGUCCGGCUUCCAGUACCAGGUGCAGACGCAGCAGGGCGGCAACGCACCCCAGACACUCACGACCUGGGAGAACCAGCUGUCUCUGCCGCACGCGGGCGACUUCGUGGUCCGGAUCCGCGUGCAGGGCCUGGACUACGGCCACUGGGGGCCCUGGGGCAGCCCUCUGCGCUUCAGCUGCCAGGUGGAAGACCCCACGACCCCCGGAGGAGUGUGGGCGCCCGCGUUACUGGCCGUGCUGGGCGCGCUGUUAGCGGCCACAGCCACGCUGGUCCUGUGGUCCAGGUCCUCGCUGCCCGAGAAGCUGUUCCCCCCCAUCCCCCGGCUGCGGGACCCCCUCCGUGAGCAUCUGCCCAGCGGCCAGCUGGUGUUCCAGGACAAGCAGGAGUGCCCAGUGCCCGCCACUGUGGAGAUCGUGCAGGAGUUGUGAUGCUCUGGGUGUGAUUGGGACACCGGGCGGCCUGAUUUUGGGUCCACACACGGCACAGCCCUGCCGGCAGGGCUCUGGGAUACACUAUUAAACACUUAAGUGUCUCUACGGUGGUGCUUGGCUGUGCAAAGGCCCUGGGGUUCCCCGUUGACGAGCAGGGAAGGGGGCGGGCCACACCCCCAACUCCGCAGUGGCCCUGAUGGAUGGCAGUCUGGGUGUGAGACUGUGCAAAGGCCCAGUGGGAGGGGACAGACCCCACCCAAGUCAACAGUG